AUGUCGGCGUCGGUCCUCUCCCUCCCCGCGACCCUCAACGCAACGACGCUCGACUACCUCCUCCGGGAAGCCCACGACUUGUACUACCCGAUGCCAACACCGGGCUUUACCGUGCGCAUCGCAGUGCUGUUGACCAUCGUCGCCAGCACCGUCCUCCUCGCGCUCUUCUACCUCUCCCACCACCUCUACACCUCCUACCGCGACACCCAUACCCUCUGGUUCAUCCGCCUGAUCGAGCGUCCAAGCGGCCGCUUCAUCGUCCUCAACCCACGCGUGACCUGGAGCAUCGCCAUCAUCGCCCACGGCUCGUUCGUCCUCGUCCUCGUCGCGCUCUUCUGGCAAAUCUAUGCGCACGAGUACUCGAAGAGGACGUAUAUCGCGCUCAAGACGUUGCAGCCUUUGCCGCAGUUUGUGGGAGGGUGGAUGGGGACUUGGUCGAGUCUGCAAGCUUUCUUGGUAGCAAGCGAAUCAGCAAACUCGCCCCUCCUCCCCGCUUACCUCGCAAACACCCUCUUCCUCCUCGGUGGCUUCGUCCUCGCCCUCCCAGACCUCGUCCUGGCGAUAAUCAACUCCCACCUAGCCCUCCGCCUCGACGACCGCUACUCCGACCUCGUCUCAGCCUUGCAAGCGCUCGACGCACAGCUCGCGGGAAAGACGCCUACGGUACAGCAGCUCUUGCAGCUGAAAGAGCCGGCGGGCAAGUUGCAACUGGCGGCGGGGAGGUUGAAGCAGUUCUCGGUUGCGCAGUACUGCGUUACGAUCAUGCUCCCUAUCGCUUGCCUCAUCGUAAACGCCGGCGGCCUCGCCCUCGCACGCAAGAUCCACGUGCACAUCAGGGAAAACGUCAGCCUCAUCGCUCUUCACACCGCAACCACCUCGCUCCCGCCUCAGCCGCUCGAUAUCUCGCUUGCGCUCGUGCCGACUCGGACUACGACUGAUACACCGAUGAUGGUGUUGGGGAAGGUUGUGAGUCGAGGGCUCGGGUUUGGGGAGGAGGGAGAGGGGGAGGGGAAGAAGGGGUUGAUGGGGCUGCGCGAGGUGGGUAGCGCCGAGAGGGCGAUCGUGUCCACUGCAGGAGCGGGAGGAGGAGGAGGAGCGAGUGAUUGGGUUCAGGCGCAGGGAAGGAAAGUGGCCGAGUUGAGGAAAGCAAAGAGGGAUCUCGUACUCGUCACGAGUACGAUUGUACUCAUUUGUACGCUGUUGAUUGCGGAUGUGGUUUGGUUGAUAGUGGGACUGGUGAGAGGCGGUUUGAGGCGCGGAGGUGGAGGGUGGAAGCAAACCGAACUCUCCGCCACGCUCGACAAAUGGAUUCUCUUCACCGCAACCCUCUGCGCCUGCAUCUACCUCAACUACAACGCCCUCUCGCUCAACCGCGCGUCUCGCGUUCCUGGUGAUACCGGGCUAUCGAGGCGCGACGGCCUGGAGGUGGUGAGUUUGCCGGUGCUCCGGUCGUCGGAGGAGGAUGGUGAGGCGCUUAAGCACGAGGGAUCGAACGAGUCUUCCUCCUUCCCCGACUCGCUUCCUCACCUCGACGACCCCCCUCCUCUGCCUCGUCUCCGCCCACAAAUCUCCUCUACCCGCCUCGGAACCCCCCGCUCAAGUUGGUUCGUCCUACCCACCACUCGGCGCUCGGGACCCCAGCCUGUGGCAUUCGGGGAGGUGAGGAUCACGGUUGAGACGGAGGAAGUUGCGGAUGGGGUGAGUCUUGAGUGA